AUGAAGACAUCAGCUCUCCGUUUGGUUCUGCUGGCUGUUCUAUGCGUUCUUGCCGCAGCCUGGUCGAAGGAGGACUACGAGAUUUUCCGACUUCAUGAUGAAGUUACUGCUGCAGAAGGGGUGGAUGUGACAUUCUACGACUUUGUAGGUGCCCAACCCAACGCCAACCAGAAUGAUCUGAAUAAAGCCUACCGUAAAACAUUGAAACUCCUCCAUCCGGACAAAGUCAGGCGCUCUUUCAUUGCCAACGCCUCCAAAGACCAACAGAGAUCCAAAACUACCCAGAAGGGCGUACACGUCAACCGUGGGCCCACGAAGCGUGAAAUUGCGGCGGCUGAAAAAGAGGCCCACGAACGAGCCCAGCGCCUCAAUGUUGUUGCCAACAUUCUCCGCGGCCCGGGCCGUGAGCGUUAUGACUACUUCUUGAAGAAUGGGUUCCCCAAGUGGAGGGGCACUGGAUACUACUACUCCCGGUUCCGCCCUGGCCUUGGCUCCGUUCUCGUCGGGCUACUUCUGGCGUUCGGCGGUGGCGCCCAUUACGGGGCACUUAUUCUCAGCUGGAAGCGCCAACGCGAUUUUGUCGACCGCUAUAUCCGUCAGGCUAGGAGAGCUGCCUGGGGCGAUGAACUUGGAGUUCGCGGCAUCAACAGCGCCCCGGCUCCGGCCCCUGCUCCAUCUACAGACUCUGGGGAGGCAAGUGCUCAGCCGAUGAAUCGUCGACAGAAGCGAAUGAUGGACCGAGAGAACCGCAAAGAGAAAAAGAACGGUGGUUCGAAGACAGGGUCGCGUAGUACCGGAACUUCGACCCCAACUGGCGAAACUGUCGAGCCCACUGGAGAGAGGAAGAGAGUCGUUGCUGAGAACGGAAAAGUGCUGAUCGUUGACUCUGUCGGCAAUGUGUUUUUGGAGGAGGAAUCAGAGGAUGGUGAGCGCCAGGAAUUUUUGCUGGACGUUGAAGAGAUUGAACGCCCGACGGUGCGUGAUACAAUGAUCUUUAAAUUACCUGGAUGGAUUUAUCGAAAGACUGUGGGCCAAGUUCUUGGAACGUCAACCACGGUAGAUGAUGGAGCUGUCUCGGAAGGUGAAGAAGUGGAUGUUGUGGAGCAGCCAGAACAGUCGGAGCAAUCUAGUUCGGCUGCUGCUUCAGGAAAAGCAUCUCGAAGAAGAAAAGGGAAGCGCUCG